AUGGAUAUUCAGCAAUGGUUAACACUGCUUGUGUUCUCAGUGUUCGCAGUGGACUACUGCUCCUCCCAGAGACCUACACCAGUGACUUUCCACGUUUUGUUUCCCAAACAUAGAUUCUGGAGUUCCAGCAUUAACCGGACGUUAUAUUCAACAUUACGGGGUAGCUCUAGUAUCAAACGAUUUCGUGAAUAUCGCGGUGUUUACAGUGUGUUCCGACCAGAAACUAAGUUAACGUUUUUAGAAAAAGAUACCCCCGAUGAGAUAUUGAAUGCCCUGUGUGACCAAAGUUCAACAUCAAAUCCAAUUACGAUAUUUCAUGUAAAUAAUCCUAGUGCGUUUCCUUCACGAGCUCCUGCCAAUAGAUAUAUUAAUCAAUUAGUUCAUGUUCUUGGAUUACCAAUGAUUUCUUGGGAUUCUGAAUUUGCUGGUGUAUUAGAGCCCCGCCAUGAUUCCCGAACAUUACAAAUAGCGCCAUCAGUUUUUCAUCAGACGCAAGUAAUGUUAAGUUUAUUAAAAAGAUAUAAUUGGACGGAUUUUUCUAUAGUUUCAACAACAGCUCCUGGGCACGAAGAAUUCAUUAGUUCUUUGACAGCACAGGUCAAAGAAAGUCAGAAAAUACCCAGAUAUUCAGCAAGUGGUGUACCUAAUUUUAAAUCUCGUAAAGAACUGAAAGAAUUAUUUGAAACGGAUUCCAGAGUUAUCUUACUACAUUCAGAUAGUCGUGAUUCUAAAGAAAUAAUUGAUAUAGCAGUAGAACUUGGUUUAACUGGUAAAGAAUAUGUUUGGGUGAUCACAUCUUCAGCAAUCGCAAGGGGAGCAAGAUAUGCUUACAGCGGUUUUCCCUUUGGUCUCUUCGCUAUCGACUUUGAGAGUAACCUACAAGCAAUGCAGAAAACUAUAAAUAAGGCGGUAGAUAUCUGGAUGGAAGGGUUAAAGUUGAUGGCAAGACAACGAAUAACAGCAACAGCAGAUUUAACCCCAGAUAUUAGUUGUAACGACAGUAGUCAUUUGUAUUGGAAAGAUGGUGAAGUUGUUCACAGAUACCUUAAAAAUGUCAUUAAAAGAGGCACAGAUCCCAUUCAGUUUACAGAGAAUGGAAUUUUAAAAGUUACAGAGUUUACUGUUUUGAAUAUACAGAGGAAAGGACCAAUACAUAGAGACUUUGUUGAGGUUGGUAAAUUUACAUCUCUGGGACUAGUAAUGGAGGACAUCACAUGGCCUGGUGAAGCAUCAGGACCUCCUAAAGGUAAACCAGCAAGAUACUUCCUCCGGAUAGCAACUUGGAAAGAAGAACCGUACGUGGUAUAUAGAGAUUUCAAUGACAAAGGUGAAUGUGAAGUUGGGUCCAUACCGUGUAAGGUUUACCCUCGAGAUGAAAAUACUAACAUACGUACUGGAAACACCACAAUAAUUCAAUGUUGUGCGGGUCUAAGUAUUGAUUUGCUGAAGUCUCUAGCUCAACAGUUAGAUUUUGAUUACGAACUAUUUGAGAUGCCAGACGGGCAGUUCGGUUCAGAGAAUCAGGAAACUGGUGAAUGGAAUGGUGUUAUAGGAGCUUUACAGAAAAAAGUUGCCGAUAUGGCCAUAACGUCUUUAAAAAUCACACCAGAAAGAAGUCAAGUAGUAGACUUUUCGGGACCAUUUUUAGAAACCGGUAUCACCAUCAUCGUUUCUCUUAGAGAAGGAGCCAUUUCGCCCACAGCUUUUUUGGAACCAUACGACUAUCCAGCUUGGUGUUUGAUCCUGUUAUUCAGUGUACAUGCGACAGGAGCGUCAAUAUUUAUCUAUGAAUGGUUGAGUCCUUAUGGAUUAAAUCAAGGAGGAAAAAGUCCUUUGAGAGAACACAAGUUUUCGUUGUUCCGAUCUUUCUGGUUGAUAUGGGCCAUGUUAUUUAGUGCUGCUGUUUCAACAGAUACACCUCGAGGCGUCUCGAGUCGGUUCCUUGCCAAUAUAUGGGCUUUAUUCGCUUUGGUGUUCUUAGCCAGCUACACUGCCAACCUUGCAGCUUUUAUGAUAACCAAAGAAGAAUAUUAUGAUUUAUCUGGCAUACAGGAUUGGAGAUUGAAGAAUCCAUAUGCCACCAAACCUCCGUUUAAAUUUGCAACAUUACCAAACGACACAACAGAAAUAAAUAUGAUCAAGAAUCACCCCGAUAUGGCCAGAUGGAUGAGGAAAUAUAAUAAACCUACAGUAAAAUUAGGAAUAGCUGCUCUUAAGAAACAGGACAUUCAAGCGUUCAUCUACGAUGCUACAGUGCUACAGUACUAUGUUGGGAAAGAUGAAGGAUGUAAACUUAGAGCUGUGGGUAAAUGGUAUGCUAUGUCUGGUUAUGGUGUUGGUUUCCCAAAAGGGUCUCCUUGGGUAGAUAAAGUCAACCAUGCCUUAUUGGCCUUACAGGAUGCUGGGGAGAUAGAAAGGCUGAAGAAAUUCUGGUUAGCUGGUGCCUGUCAUAAGAAACAGAAAAAGGGGAUGUCCAGUCAGACUUUAGGGAUACCUAAUUUUACAAGUGCUUUCAUUCUAUUAGCUGGUGGAAUGGUUCUUGGAUCCAUUUUGCUGAUAUUAGAACAUAUGUAUUUCCGUUUUGGUCGUAAAACUAUUAGAAAAUGGGAUAAGUGUGGUUGUUGUUCUUUAGUUAGUUUGAGUAUGGGUAGAUCUUUAAACUUUGAACAAUCUGUGAUGGAAGCCAUAGACUUACAUAAGAAACAUAAAUGUAAAGAUCCUAUUUGCGAGACGCAAUUAUGGAAAGUGAGACACGAGCUGGAUCUGGCUUUGAUUAAAAUAAAUAAGCUACAAAAACAAUUAGCGUAA